AUUAAAGGAGCUUCAAUUGUAGGGUUUUAGACCUUUAGGGUUUUAUUCUUCUUAUUAUAGCCUCUCAUUUUCUUUUUUCUUCUUCUUUUCUCUGAACCAAAAAUGGCUGCCCAGACCGACAAAGAAAUCGAAGAGAUCCUCGCCGCUCAUCUCGAACAACAGAAAGUCGAUUCGGAACAAAUUGUAGUUGAAGAUGACGUUGAUGAAGACGACGAUGAAGAUGAGGACGAUGACAAGGAUGAAGAUGAUGCCGAAGGACAUCAUGAUGGAGAAGGAGCAGCUAGGUCAAAACAAAGCAGAAGCGAAAAGAAAAGUCGCAAAGCAAUGUUGAAACUUGGGAUGAAACCAAUUCCGGGUGUUAGCCGAGUCACCGUCAAGAAGAGCAAGAAUAUCUUAUUUAUCAUUUCAAAACCAGAUGUCUUCAAGAGCCCCACAUCAGAUACCUAUGUUAUUUUCGGAGAAGCUAAGAUCGAGGACUUGAGCUCGCAAUUGCAGACUCAGGCUGCUGAGCAAUUUAAGGCUCCUGAUCUCAGUCACGUAAUCUCCAAACCUGAACCCGAGCCAUCAACAUCGGCUCAGGACGAUGAAGAAGUAGAUGAGACUGGAGUCGAACCAAAGGACAUUGAGUUGGUAAUGACACAAGCAGGAGUCUCGAGGUCGAAAGCUGUCAAGGCACUCAAAGCUGCAGAUGGGGAUAUUGUUUCUGCUAUAAUGGAGCUAACAACCUAAGGAUGAUGUUCACUAGUGAUAUAUAUGGUGAUGGAUGGGGUUGUGUGCUUCAGGUUGGAUAUAUUUUUUCUAAUAUUACCUUAUUAUUUUUCAAAUUUCUUUUAGAACGAUUUUUAUUUUUUCUUUCUUGUUACUAUUUUAGUCGGUAUAGGGUGCAUUUGAUACCAUACCAAGUUUUGGUUGGUUUGAAACAUUUUUCACCUCAAUUUUUUUUGCAACUUGAACACUUUUAGUUUGCAAUUUCAAUAGAUUCAUUUCUCAUUUAAUUGACUGGAUUUUGCUUUCUAUCUCAGCCUUAAUAUUGGUAGUUUUGAUUUAACAAAGCUUCUGAGAUCUGCAGAAUUAGUUUUAAAUUAAGAUGAUUGAGUAUUGACCCAAAUCAUCUCAGCAUCUGCAAUGCUCUUAAACUCUGGCCUACUGAAAAACCGGAAGUAGAUUGACACUACUUCCCCAAUCAACACCGGAAAUGUUCCGAGUGCAAUAAAAAGACCAUGGUUCACAUCACAAUGCCUUGAGAAAUCUCAGGAUGCGCUUCACUGCAACAAGGGAGGAAGAGGUUACUAAGGUCAAAAUUCUUUGACCUUCAAGGUCAGGACAAACAUGGAGGAAGAGGUUAAUUUGUCCUUCAAGGAAGCCAAGCUGGCUUGGGACCGAAGAAUACACCAAUUUGUUUGUUGGAAUUUUACUCACUCUAGCUAGCACGUAUGAGUUGGUACGGCCUUGACCCGAAACCACCCUACCAACUUCGAAAAUUAAAACUUCCCCUGGAAAUGCGUCCAAAACAUCCUCUGACUAAGGAACUUUCACAGCAUCGAGGUCUUAACCUUCACGAAACAAAUGCGUGUCCAUUUUGGCGGAGAUCGACGGGGCCCUUUGACCUUAAUUAAAUGCAUGUCCAUUUUUUAUUUAUUAUUUUCUUUAAGAUUCUUUUAAAAUUUUAAUCGGAUUGAUUGGACUGGCAAACUAGUAAUUUCACCUGUUUAGCCAUCAAUCCGGUUUACAUUGUCUUUAUGUUAAAAUUUUUAAAAUUUUCCUAUUUACACAUUAAUUCAGAAAUUAAAUUAUUAAAA